CGCGCGUGCGCAGCCGCGGCAGUUGCUGGCGGCAGUGGCAGUUGCUGGCGGCAGUUGCUGGCGGCGCUGAGGCGGGCCGGGGCGCUGGAGGCUCCGAUGGAUUCUCCGCUUCCCUCCCAGCCUGCCCGCCCGGCUUCGCCGGGUAGCACCGACCCCGGGCAGGAGAGGCGGCAGGAGAGGCGGGGGCGGGGGCGGGGGCGGGGGCGGGGGCGGGGGCGGGGGCGGGGGCGGCAGGGGUAUAAUGUUGUGCGUGCGCGCUUCCCCGCUCCCGAAAUACCGCAGACUGUCAUGUCCGAGACCUACGAUUUCCUGUUUAAGUUUUUGGUCAUAGGAAACGCGGGAACUGGAAAAACCUGUUUGCUACACCAAUUUAUUGAAAAGGAAUUCAAAGACGUCUCAAAUGUUACUAUAGGAGUGGAAUUUGGUUCAAAGAUCAUAAAUGUUGGUGGUAAAUAUGUAAAAUUGCAGAUAUGGGAUACAGCAGGACAAGAAAGAUUCAGUUCUGUAACAAAAAAUUACUGUAGAGGAGCUGCAGGUGCUUUGCUUGUCUAUGAUAUAACCAGCCGGGAAACCUACAAUGCGCUUACGAAUUGGUUGACGGAUGCUAGAAUGUUAGCAAGUCAAAAUAUUGUGAUAAUACUGUGUGGAAACAAAAAGGAUCUUGAUGCAGAUCGUGAAGUUACUUUUUUAGAAGCGUCCCAGUUUGCACAAGAAAAUGCAUCUUACAGAUUCUAUAGAUCAUAGACAAGGUUGGAUGGGGUGCGCCGCAGAUGGAAGCAAUGAGUUUUACUCAUAGGAAACAGAAAAAGAAACAGAUCGUACAAUUGCUCGGUGGGCUCAGGACCCUUGUCUCUGAGCCAUUCUCCAACACUCGACUACAGAUAGGGAUUUCAUUUCCACAUUGGUACGGCAAGCGAGAUGGGAAGGAAUGAGUUUCCACAGAAACACGUUCACAAACGGCAUCCCUGCGUCGUUCCUGCUGGCACACAGCGGGGGAGGCUGGUUUGGGAGGACAAAGCACUUUCUGAAGGGGAAGGAACACAGGAGUAAAUCGCAAGCAGCCCUCAGUAACCAGGGCAGUACUCUCACAGACAGACGGCCCUGCUGCACGGGCGUGAAGCUUUCUGCUUCCAGCAGUGCUCGAAUCCGCUGGACAACCAGCGCAGGAUGCUGAUGGAGUGGGAGCAUCCAGCAGCUACAAAAGCUGUACUGCAUGGCUGAAAACUUGGCCUCUGCUGUAGCGGAGAGGCGUGGCACUGUAAAGCUUCUGUACCCUAUGAAGCUGUAUAGAAGGCGGCAUUAAUUUUCCUUACCGAGGUGCUGGAAAGACUUUCUCAUGCAUACCCAUCUGUAAAUCCAGCUGUACUACCUCAACUUUGUUUCCCACAGUAUUUUAGAGGAUCCACUCUGUCUUGUACCGGAAGCUGCUCCAGAGUCACGGUUCCCAUUUUUCCGAUUUGAGAGUAACCCAGCCUUUUAAAGUACCGCCUGGAAAGGUCUUGGAAAGAAGUGACACUUUGCGCUAAUCCCACCUGGCACUGCUUGUACUUUUCCCAAUGCUGGGUGGCUUUGAAGAGCUCUUUGCACACAACGGGCACCGGGCCUCUGUUUGCAGCGCAGCUGAUCGUCCAACAGCUCUUCCCGAGCCGGCCUGCCCGUACGCCAGCAGAGCAGCGUUAUAACCUUGCCAGGCGUUCUCCAGCGCUCCUUGGGCCAGAUCACACAACACCUCGCUCUAAACAACGAUCGAGUGCAUCCUCUUCACAGAUGAGCAAGCAAACGCAUACACAAGCACUGCUGCCCGGGACGCGUGCCCCCACUAACAGGUUGAAUCAAGAUUUGCAAACGUGCUUGAAAGUAAUACCAAGUUCCGGGAUGACGGGAGCGUAGGCAAAAGCUAGGUAAGGCUUCCAACCAGUAAACCGACCCGUGCCAGUCACCUGCAGUACGCUUACAUGAACGUUAAUAAUGGGAGAUAAACUAAAUGAGCAGUCUAUGACCGUGUAUUAGCUACAACUGCUUGUAGUUGGUUCUUUGAGUAAAAUCUUACCUGGCCUGCAUAGCUGUUGGAUCCGGCUGAGACGAGCAUACCGUUCUCGCCCUUUCGGAAGCCACUACGAGACCACUAGGCUAGAUGAAACGUAAAGGCCUUCCAGCGCCCUGGAUUCUGAGGGCCACAUAUGCUUGUGCUGUUGGUGCUCACAGAAAUCACACACUACUUCCCUGCACCCUUCUCUGUGUACUGAAAAUACUGUUGUAGCACCAAAAGGCAAGCGAUCGGUCACCCAGCGAUAGCUCCUGCUUUUGUCUGCAUUUAAGCCAAGUUGAACAGCAAGGCACACCACAGCAAGGACUGCUGUGGGAUAAGCCUGCUCUUAAACUAUGCCAGGGGAUACACAGCCAA